CACUAGAAAUGGCGGACGAUAACAAUACCAAGACGAGUGAAGUAAACAAAAAUGACGAUUCCUCCACCGCAGACAAGGAAAAUGAACCUGUGUUGUUGCCAGACGGCGAAAAGAAGCGAGAGGAGAGAGAAGAGAACAAAAAUGACGGUGACGAUAUACAAUUGAACAUCGGAGAGCAGUAUAUGGUUCGACGGGCAGACGAUACAUGGCAGGCAGCAGAAAUUAUCCAGAGAAGAUACAAUGAUGUGGAGAUGCAAAAUGAAUAUUAUGUCCACUACGAUGGCCUCAAUCGUCGCCUGGAUGAAUGGGUAACAAAAGAGAGGAUAGAUUUAUCAGAAUUGUAUCAACGUGGGGACAAAACACUAACGGGUAAUGACCUCCUCAAUGAUCAAACUGCAGGACGGAAAAUUACAAGAAAUCAGAAACGGAAACAUGACGAAAUCAAUCAUGUACAGAAGACCUAUGCAGAUAUGGACCCUACAACAGCAGCAUUAGAAAAAGAACAUGAAGCAAUUACAAAAGUCAAAUACAUAGACAGAGUACAGAUAGGUCGGUUCGAGAUUGACACAUGGUACUUCAGCCCAUACCCAGAGGAAUAUGGCAAAGCACCUAAACUCUAUACGUGCCAAUAUUGUCUAAAAUAUAUGCGACUUGAAAAAACCUACAGAUAUCAUUUGAGCGAAUGCACUUGGAGACAACCACCGGGUAGAGAUAUUUACAGAAAAGGAACUCUUAGCAUCUAUGAAGUAGAUGGGGCAGAACACAAGAUCUACUGCCAGAAUCUCUGUCUUCUUGCAAAACUCUUCCUAGACCAUAAGACAUUAUAUUUUGAUGUGGAGCCAUUCCUGUUUUAUAUCCUGUGUGAGGUGGACAAGCAAGGAGCGCAUUUAGUUGGUUAUUUCUCAAAGGAGAAGGAAAGUCCAGAUGGGCACAACGUAGCUUGCAUUAUGACGCUCCCACCAUUCCAGAGAAAAGGCUAUGGGAAACUCCUUAUAGCUUUCAGUUAUGAGCUCAGCAAGCUAGAAGGAGUUGUGGGGAGCCCUGAGAAGCCUCUGUCUGAUCUUGGAAAGCUUUCCUACCGAUCAUACUGGACCUGGGUACUUUUAGAGAUUCUACGAGAUUUUAAAGGCACGCUGUCCAUCAAAGAUCUCAGCCAGAUGACCAGCAUCACACAGCAAGACAUAAUUUCCACGCUGCAGAGCAUCAAUCUAGUAAAGUACUGGAAGGGUCAACAUGUUAUAUGUGUCACACCAAAACUUGUGGAGGAAUACAUUAAUUCAGCCCAGUUCAAACGUCCAAGACUAACAGUAGAUCCUUCCCUUCUGAGAUGGUCGCCACCCAAGAGACAACAAAACCAGAGGAAAAAGUAGAAGUCACACGUUAUUUUCCUUCCCAUCAUGUAAAGUUUACAUGGAUGCAAUUGGACAUAGUUUUAUUUGAGGUGAAAUAUUGUACAGUAUAUAUGAGUAUGUACCAGUAGGUGUUUAUUUCCAGUGUAUGAUGAAUAGGAUAAUACAAUUUUACAUAAAGAAGGGUGGCAUUGUUUAAAUUUCCUUAGGAACAUUUCAUUAUGAUAUUGAUGGCUUUCAGAUAACAAUGUAAUUCCUAUUCUAAAGAAAAAUAUUUGUUUUGUUUAAUGAGAGUUAAAAAAUGACCAGUUUAAGCAUAUAUUUUGAGUAUAUUAAACUGAUUUAUAAGCAGAUAUUUCACGUAUUUGGCAUAUCAUUAGAAAAUAUAAAUGCUUACUGCUAAUAUUUCAUAUCAUAAUGAUAUGAUAAGUAAGGAUAAAGGUUGCUGUAAUAUUUCCAUUUUCAUUUGGAUAUUUCAUUUGAAACAGAAAUGUGAAAAUAUUUACAUUUUCCCUUCAGCUUUUAAGGAGAAAAAGCAUGGAAGAAAAUGGUUGGUUGGCCAAACAAGGCUGUUACAAAAAUAUUAGUACAAUUAAUUGUUAUCAUAAGAAGUAAAGAGAAUACCCAGUAACAUAGAUUUAUCUUUUGACUUCUAAUGUUAACAAAAGUAAAGGUAGUUCUGAGGAUUUUUUUUUAUUCAUGAAUUUUAUAAUCUGCUAUUAUGAAUGGUUCCUUUUAUUUGUCAAGAAAAAAAAAAUGUAUAUAGAGCUCAAAUAAAAGUUCCAAAUUAC